UUGCUAUUGAUUACUGCAUUGUUGGGGUUAGAGCUUGCAAGAAAGACAUAUCACUGUACUUGUGCAUGUGACAUUAAAACUUGAAACAAACACACAGACACACAGAGGCGAGCUAUGUGUGUGUUCUGUGUACACGGUGCAGGGCCAGGCACAUAAUCUACUGCAAACAGCCAGAGUGGCAGACGGGGCAAAAACAAGCCCAAAGGUUACCUCCUAUCCCUUUACCCUCUACGCCUUCCCCUGGCUGUAGUGGAUGGGGCUGCCUGGAGGUGUGGAGAGGGGAUCCAGUACACCUUGGGAAACAGAGCCACCGGGUGGAACAGGAAGGUGGGAUGUAUAAGGCACUUCAAAGCAACAGCAGCUGUGUUUUAACAACCCUGAUGAACUGACAUGGUGGAAACAUCUAGUAAAGUAGGUCAGAGCAGGACUGACUGUAGGCAUCAGGCAAUGGGUGCUGAUAGGCGUUUUCUUUGACGUUUUGGCGUUUUCUUUGAUUCUAUAGUGGGACUUGACAGUAAUAUGCAUAUGUGCAUCUUUCAUGCUUCUAUACAUGUAUAACUCUGUAGUAUACAUUGGUGAAAGACACCCAGUAAAAUAUUUUUAUGAGUAAAAGUCUUAAAGUAUUUGGUUUAAUAUAUAUUUAAUUGUGCACUUUGCAGAAAUCACUUCGCCAUUUCCUCAUUGCUAAAAUUCUUUGUUGUGCCAUCCUAACCGCUGUGAAAUGUAUUUUCAAUUACCAAAACUAUUGUUUGAAGCUGGUGUACAAAAAAACGGAAGAAAAAUACGCAAAAAUAAAAUUUAAGAAUGUGGAGCAUAGAAAUAGCGCACAUACUGCUUCUUAGACUUGCUUUCACUGAGAAUGACAGACCGAUAACUGAUAUUUCUAUGUGAAUUUGGUCUGUAGCCCAAAAAGUUACAUAUUGCAGCUUUAUCAAAUUGUAAAUCUAAUUGCUGAAAUAUACUUGACUUCAACGGGAUAGGUGUCCCGUCCACGGGACGGUUGAGCAAACGUAGGCUAAUGCGAUUAGCAUGAGGUUGUAAGUAACAACAAUAUAUUCCAGGACAUAGACAUAUCUGAUAUUGGCAGAAAGCUUCAAUUCUUGUUAAUCUAACUUCGCUGUCCAAUUUACUGUCGCUAUUAUAGUGAAAGAAUACCAUGCUAUUGUUUGAGGAGAGUGCACAAUUUUAAACAUGAAAGUUAUUAACUUCUUAAGGAUGACGCAGAAUAAGUUCCCAUGAAGGAACAUCAAUCAGCGGAAAUUUCAGAGACACCUAUAGUUUUUGAUAAAACUCAAACUUUCAUUAAAACACACAUUCCAGGUAUUGAAUUAAAGCUACACUCGUUGUGAAUCUAUCCACCAAGCUUUUCGGCGAAAGCAUGAGAAGCUAUUAUCUGAUAGCAUGCACCCCCAAAAUACUGCAACGCCACUUAAAACGACAGAUUUUGCGGUAGCCGGCGCUACCCAAAACGCAGAAAUAAAAUAUAAAACAUUCAUUACCUUUGACGAGCUUCUUUCUUGGCACUCCUAGAUGUCCCAUAAACAUAACUGUUGGGUCUUUUUUUCGAUUAAAUCGGUCCAUAUAUAGCCUGGAUAUCGAUCUAUGAAGACUGUGUAAUCAAGGAAAAAACUGAGUUUGAUAACGCAACGUCAUUUUUUAAAAUUAAAAAAGUUGACGAUAAACUUUCACAAAACACUUCGAAAUACUUUUGUAAUGCAACUUUAGGUAUUAGUAAACGUUAAAAAUCUAUCAAAAUGAUCACGGAGCGAUGUAUAUUCAAUAGCUCCACGUUCUGAUAUCAUGUCCAAAUAUUUCUCAACCAAAACAUCCGGUCGGAGACCGGAAAAAAUGCGCUGCCUUGUGUCGGUUUGACCAAGAAACAAAUCCGAGACAAAUGACAAGACUGUUGCCAUCGUGUGGAAGCUGUAGGUAUUGCAACCUCGGCCCCAUUUGAUGUGGUUCACGUUUAACAAUAGGUUGAAGUGGCGCAUGGAUAUAUUUUCCCAUUUUCAGUGAUCAGAUUUUCCUGCACUUUUCGAUGAAUGAUCCAUAACAGGUUUUAAUACAACAUUUUGAACAGAAAUGCAAUGGUUCAUUGGAUCAGUCUAAAACUGUGCACAUUCACUGAUGGCAUCUAGUGGCCAAACGCUAAAUUGCACCUGGGCUGGAAAAAUACAUUAUGGCCUUUCUCUUGCAUUUCAAAGAUGAUGGUACAAAAAAAUACAAAAGAACGGUUGUUUUUUUCUUUGUAUUAUAUUUUACCAUAUCUAUUGUGGUAUAUUCUACUACAUUCCUUUCACAUUUCCAUAAACUUAAAGUUGUUUCCUUUCAAAUGGUACCAAGAAUAAGCAUAUCCUUGCUUCAGGUCCUGAGCUACAUGCAGUUAGAUUUGGGUAUGUCAUUUUAGGAGAAAAUUGAAAAAAUUAUGUCUUAUCCUGUAUCAAAAGUAAAAAUACAAAUCAUUUCAAAUUCCUUAUUUUAAUCAAACCAGACGGCACCCUUUUCUUGUUUUUAUUUAUUUACGGAUAGCCAGGGACACACUCCAACAUGCAGACAUAAUUUACAAAUGAAGCAUGUGUGUUUAGUUUGUCCGCCAGAGGCAGUAUGGAUGACCAGGGAUGUUCUCUUGAUAAGUGCGUGAACUGGACCAUUUUCCUGUCCUUUCCUGUCCUGUAAUGAGUACUUUUGGGUGCUAAGGAAAGUGUAUGGAGUAAAACGUUUGUUAUUUUCUUUAGGAAUGUAGUGAAAAGUAAAAGUUGUCAAUUCUUUAAAUUGUAAAGUACAGGUACCCCCAAAUACUUCAGUAGUACUUAGUAUAGUACCCAUGUGUAAAGUACUUAUGUUAUUACUUUGUUGUUGCACAUUUCUAGUACAUCAAUGCAGUUCUUUAUCUCGCAAUGUGAUCUACUGUUGGUGUUGACAUGCCCCCCUGUAGCCCCCGUGGUUGUUAGUCAGUCAGUCAGUCAGACAGUCACACUCUAGCACAUCUACAGUACAUUUGCAGUGUGUCUCUCUACACCUCCCCAGCACUCCAGCUCUCCCCUUGAGUUCUUAGUGCCUAGCUAGCGAGAGAUCCCUGGGAGCGUGGCCCAGUUUCAUGGUACCAGUAUUAGCUUGGAGAGAGGCUAUUACUGUCUCUAAUGUGAGCCAGGAGAAGUGGGAAUAACACGAAGACCUGAGAUAAUUGCAGCGACAAAGACCCUCCAGCCCCCUCUACACGGACACAAGUACGCACACACACACACACGUCUCUGCCUGGCAGAUAGGGAACAUGGGUGGGAACAGAAGUAUUUUCUGGAUGGAUGGGAUUAGAGAGCAUCUCCCGUAGAGGGAUGUUGCCAUUUUUGAAGCAGAUUGCCCUGUCAGGGUUAGGGCUAUGUUUAAUGAAGAGAGGAACACACAUAACGUCUUCCACUGCCUCUGGUGGGUGGGCGAUUAUCUCUGUAGCCGGGGUAUGUUAUGCAGAGUUAGGAGUGGUGGGAGAGGGUUUGAGGGUUAAAUGCAGGAGACAAAGAGAUGAGACAAGGAGAGCAGACAAUGCUGGGCCUCUCUCUCUCUCUCUCUCUCUCUCUCUGUGUCUCUCUCUCUCUCUCUCUGUGUCUCUCUCUCUCUCUCUCUUUCUCUCUCUCUCUCUCUCUCUGUCUCUGUCUCUUCUCACAUUUCCUUGAUCCCCUCUUGCCCCUUCACCUUUUUGCAGUACUAGUUGUUCUCCCAGCAGGUUGUUUGUUUUCUUGGGGUAGCUAGCCUGGGGGCAGGAGGCCUGACGACACCCAGCCGUGUGGUGAACAAGCUAACUGAGCUGUGUAGAAUGUGUCCCCUGCUUGCCCUUUGUGGCUGUGUGGAUGUGUGGCUGUGUUGUCUUCCCUGUGCCGAAUGGGGACUCUGAUACUGGCCUUUGCUGUAGCCCUCAGCCCCUCAGGCCCAGUGUAUGAGCUAAUAAUCACAGAAGCAAUGUGAUAGAUGGCCGUGGCCAGAGAGCUGCCAUGUGUUUAACCUCCUUAUCACUGCCUCAGCCUAAAUCACGUUUCAGCAGCCUCAUAUGUGCUUGGCUCUCAAUAACACGUAUAGACUCAUGGCAUAGGAUUAUAGAAUGGCAUUUACACAAACAAGUAGGCUAUUCAACUACUGAAAUAUUGAGAUGGUUUGAAUGGAUUGUAGGAUGGUCUGUUAAGCAAAAUUACAUUUUAGUGUAGUUUUCAUCACUAUAUUGUAGUUUAUUCCUCCCAAGAAUUGUGAGAUUUGUAAAUCAGAAGGGGAUUUUUACUGUCAUCAUCUUUUAAAACCAAACAAUUGAAUGUUAUUAGUAAUUAUUCUUCCACAGUACAUUGACAUGUUGAGAAUGGAGGGCCAUAUCUCUGUAGUACACUAAUCCAGCCAGAAAGUGGCAAUGUAGAGUUGUGAAUUCAGAUCCCUCUCCCAGUUCUCACUGACCAGUGUUCACAGCCCUGUCAUAGAUUUCCACCCAGCCUGGCCCAGCGUAGUUCACUCAAGUUGUAUUGAAACCAGACAUGCAUAAUAAAUGGUAUCAUUAGGCUUGCAAAUAUUUGCCAGCGCUCCUAAAUAACGAGUCCCUUUUCUCACAUAUGUUGGCAUGGCACCCCUAUUCGGCUUUAACCUCACAUAGUUAUAAGCCAAAUGGCGAUGGACACUAAAAACAGAGCAAUCAAAUACAUUCCACUUCUCUAUGAUGAUUUUAUGCCUUUCUAAAACAGCUUUUUAUUUGAGGUAGUGUGCUGACCUCAGACUGGUGACUGGGUUGUCGAGAGAAAAACUGUGCCAGAGGUAGAGUUGAAUGUUUUUCACCACAUCAAACAACCCAAUUUUACUUCACACUAGAGCUAGCUCCUCAUCUGGAUAGAGCAUGGUUUCAUGCAGCCCUAGUCUGGAAUAUUAAAAUCAUGCCCAUUGCAACACCUAUAACCUUUUAUGGUGCCUUGUUAAAGAUCACCUUCUGUUUUUAGAUGAAUCACAAUGGCUGCUAAGCCUGUCACCCAGAUAGCCCUAAAAAAAAUACACACUAAUCAGCAACAGGAUUUUAGAAAAAGAUUGUUCACAUUCCUUGAGGUCUGCCUUUUUUUAUUUUUACAAUCAAUUUCCUGAUCUCGCUCAGUGAGGAAUGCAGAGAUAUCCGGUGUCAGGGGGACGCGAUGGAGGGGGUUGCACAUGGUCCCCUCUCUCUCUCUCUCUCUCUCUCUCGCUCUCCCAUCCUGCUGAAGAGAUAGGAGAGGGGAGAAGAAGUUCUGUCUAGAAUGCCUUCAGAGCCACUUCCAGAAGCUUCGCCACGAGGAGACAAUAACACUCUAACCAGCCUCAGCUUGAGGACAUGUUUUUUUAAAUUAUUUUUUUUAUGUCUGGAAAACCCACAUGAUCAGGUGCACGGAGAGGGCCUUUGGAUGCUGGCAGAGAGAGGGGCCAAAGACAUGAAGAACCGGCUUGCUUUCCUGAGGAGGAGGAAUGAGUCUCCCGGAAGCAACCCAGCUGGAAAAUUCGACAAGUCCUUGAAGUCAGUAAAGCCCACCCCGGAGGAGGCACUCAAAUGGGGGGAAUCUCUGGACAAGCUGCUGGCCCAUAAAUAUGGCCUGGCAGCGUUCAGAGCUUUCCUGCGCACAGAGUUCAGCGAAGAGAAUCUGGAAUUCUGGCUAGCAUGCGAGGAUUACAAAAAGAUUAAGUCGCAAUCCAAGAUGGCGUCCAAAGCCAAGAAAGUAUUUGCUGAAUACAUCGCCAUCCAGUCUUGUAAAGAGGUGAACUUGGACUCGUACACCCGAGAGCACACCAAGGACAACCUUCAGAACGUGACGCGUUCCUGCUUCGACCUGGCCCAGCGCAGGAUAUAUGGCCUGAUGGAGAAGGACUCAUACCCCCGCUUCCUCCGCUCAGAACUCUACAUGGACUUAGUCAACCAGAAGAAGGCCAGCACCACGUCCACCUCCUCAUCGUCGUAAACACACAAAGAUCGAGAGAGAAAGUGAGAGACAACGACGAAAGAGAGAAAACAUUGACUUGAAAGCAGGGGUGUUGAUUCUUUUUAUACGUUCGCUGUUUUGUUUUGUUUCUGCCAUCUUCCUGUCCCACUAUAAUUUGGGUGUGAGAGAGACAGAAAGCUAGGCUGUGGCAUUGAGGGGGAUGUUGUUUCCACAACGACCAUGAUGACGGACCGAUGGUGGAUGGCUGGAUGGAGAGGAGAGCCCAGUCAGGACAGCUGGUCAAGUCGUGACUGCUGGACGCUUCUCUGAUCACUCUCAUUGAUAAUUGAUCACUGUCUGUGGUUCAUAACGAUAUACGUUGGUUUGUCCGGACGUACUGUAGAAAGGAUGGGGUGCUGAAACCUCCGCAGACAUGAAGACAGUCCGGUACUGUUUUGGCGCUUUUGUUGAUUAUUUUCCUUCUUUUUGUUUUACACCCCCCCAUCCUCCUCCUCCUUUAGAGCCAGUUCAAAUGCUGUUGGUACGACGCAAAGGUUUGUUUUGUCCUAGAUUCUCAAUGUCUCACAAUGACCAUUUCUAAACGGGCUUGCGAGAAAAAGGAGAAACGUGAUAGCUGGAUCAAUGUCUGGAUGACUGGACGAAAAGCCGCUUUUUGUCUGGUUUUGCAUCUUCUUUUUUUCUGUUCACGGUGAAACACAACUCUCUCAAGCACAGUCAGCAUCUGUUCUGUUCAGCAUUCUCUCACAGGGUCUCACCUUGUCGCAUUCAUCCAAAUCAUACAGCAAAAGACACUGAGGAACAGAGGGAAAAGAGCGAGAGAGAGAAAGCUGGAAAAAUAUCAACAACGGAACAGACCAAAACUGCAAAAGCAGAGAUGUGCCACUCUAACUCGAAAAGACUUUCUGCCUGUUUCCAAAGACCGUCAAAAAAAGAGAAGCAACACUUGACUGUGUUCUGAUAAGCAAUUCAUUGUAGCGCCACCUAGACUCAACGAGGCAGCAUUCUCAGGACAUUAAGGCACUUGACUAUGAAGCUUCCAAGCUUGAUUUUUUAUUGUUAUUCAUUUUUGUUUUUACACAUAAAAUGUUUUUGUUUUUUUAUCGUUUUAAGUUCAAACCUGCACUCCAUAAGUAUACUGAGCAAUACUGUUGGGAGGUUGCUCUUUUCAUAGACAUAAAAAAUAAAACAAACGCUUCACCUGUACAAAGGUCUGCCUAUUUAUUUCGAUAUCUUGCAGGAUGCUUCACCCAUUGCAGUCAGAUGAAAGCUCUCCCUUCCCCUAACCACAAACCAGGUCCACCGCUGUCCUGGCUUUAAGUGCAAUAUGUUUUUGUUUAUUUUCCUUUUUUUCCCAUUUUUAUCCGAAAGACAAUGUCUUGAGCUCUGUAUUAUACACUUUAUUUGUAAGAGUUGUGCUGCAAAAUUCUGCUAUAAAGUUGAUUUACAGUUUAAGUAAUUAAUCAAGAAUAGAUACAUGAAUUAAGUAAGUCAUUCUAACUGUGUACCCUGGCAGCAGGCAGCUAGGGGUUAAGGAUGUACAUAUAAUUCUUUAAGAAAAUAAAGAAAAAAAACAGAAAAAAAAACAAGAGGUUUCACUUGUGUUGAGCUGGAACCUGGCUGUAUCUAUGUAAAUAUGAGAGACUCAAAGCUAUAAGAUGACAUGUAUUGUUAUAGAAAUGAGGAAGGGUGGCUACGGUCUGCCCUUCCCUGGUCAUACACUGCUUGUCAGGAGUUUUCUGAAAUGUAUUUGAUCAUUUUCAUUGUUUACAAUUCAAACGCAUCUCCCAAGAUAGCAAGCGAAAAAGACAAUAGAAAUACAUUUGGUGUUAUUGCUGAAAAUAAAUAAAAUAACCAACUGGUGAAAUGAUAAAUAA